AUGAUCUUGCAUGCUUUCACUGGCGAGGAUAAAGCAGAUAAUUGCGUAAUUGAACGAAUUGAAGAAAUCUUUACAUUCAAUACGAACAAUUUUGAUGCAGAAGAAGAGCUCUUUGUCCCACUUUUGUUGUCAAUCGUUAGCGAUGGCUACGUAAAAAAGGUUUUGGACGUUAUCAAAUCGCUCCAUGUUGAAAAAUUGUGGAUCUUGAUUGGCAAAAAAGCGUUGUGUAAAUCAAAUCACAAGAAGUACAACGUAACUUUGGAACGCAUCCGAAAAGUAGUGGAACAAGUACGCGAAACGAUCAUUCAAUGUUAUAGCUUGACAAAUUUGCGUAUCGUUUGUACGAUUGAUGUUGCAAUGACGAACUACAAGUCGGAUAAUUGCACUCAAUGGCCGUUGUAUCAAUGCAAACUUGACGAAUUCACUCUCCAUGGGAUCAAGUUUGAUACAUUCUUUCCCGAAGAAGUUCUGUCUUCCAUCUUAUCCAAAGCCGGUAAAAUUGAACUUUGGUACGACAAGAAGGAUGACCGUGUACGUGAGGAAAAAGCAUGGCAAAUCUUGACAAUGGCACGCAAAACGCUCGUUCAUGGUAGCAUUCAAUGCCAAGUCGAUCUUCCAUUUGAAGGUGCAGAUUCUUACCCUUACAAGACAAAGCCGUGCAAAAAUAUCCACUUUCCCAAGUUAUACGAAUUGACUUUAGAUAUUUACGAUGAAGAUACAGAAUGGGAAACGAUCAACGAAAAGCCGAGUAAGGAGGUCAGUAUCAGUACUCGUACAUGCGGAGAAUGGCGUUAUUCGUUAGAUUUACCCAAAAUCGAUCACGUCGGGAUUUUCAAUUCGACUCCCGCUUAUGUUCUCGAAAGUUUGAGUGACAAUCAUAUCAAGUCUCUUCAUCUGGAUGUGUUUACUGCGGAAAGCUUACGUUAUCUUGAAGCCACAAAGUUGAACUUCAAGCUGAAUCGUUUGGUUUUGGGCUUUGCGCCUGCUAAAACAUACUUUUACAAGUUUCCGGCCAAAGAUGCAACAAACAAGUAUGCUUCACGCUUUUUAAAAGCAGCAAUCAUCUCUUUGUCACAUGUUUGGCUUCGCACUUUAGACAUCUAUGGUUUAGCAAACGAUAAGGGCAACGACCUCGUCAAACUUAUGGCAAUCCGUGAAGCAUAUCCAAUGUCUACGCAUAUUCGAUUCUUUCACUUUAUCUAUUGUCAUAAAAUUGCUCCGCACAACUUUCGUUGGAUCAAAGAACAUUUGGAACACUAUUAUUGCCUUGGCGGGAACAAGGAUGACAGUCAAUUGCAAAGUUUUAUGUAUGACGUCACAGGUCGUUUCAUCUGUGAGAAUUAUGAAACUUUGUAAUGUGCAGCAGUGGUGGCACUACCAUUGAUCGCUAAAAAACUUUAAAGCAUA